GGGCCCCCGGUAUCCAUGGUAUCGGCACGCGGCAGCUCAGAGGCCUAGAUUUACCUGGUCGUGGUAGCUACAGCAUCCGGAGCAGAACAGAGGGUUUGGAAAAACUCAACCCUCCGGCUACGGAUGGAAAUUACCAAAUCAGAAAUUUGCGGCACGUUCUUUGAAUACUAUUCGCCGAUGCUAACGCCCAGGCCAGCUGUAUCGAGUCGUCCAGGAGACGAGAGAGAGAGAGAGAGAGACGGGCUACCUGAGGCGCGUGACAUCGAUUGAUAUUACAAUUAGGUCAGUUCGUGGGCAGCAAGCGUCGCAACGCCCAAUGAAAGACUAAGUGCAGCCCUCUACCCUACUGGCACUGCUCGUGGUGCAGCAGUGUCGUAAAAUGAAAAUAAUCCCCCAUGCCGUAUGGCGGCGGACAAGCGCACUAUGAGUAUGACACAGGUUGAGGCAUCAGCGAUGCUAUGGACUCGCCACCCAGACCUUGCUCUAAGGAUACUUUCCCUAGUCGCGAUCUGCUGUUGCAAGGCUGCGGCCGACUCUAGCUCACUGAGUACUGUCGGCAGUGUCGUACACGUCAUCAACGCUACGCUGAUUGCAAAUGAGACGGUGAGGCCAGGUCAGAUUAGCUGCUACCACGACACAACAAUGGAUACGGUUGCGCUGGGCACCAACAGUACAUUUGUGUUCCUACAGGUACUGAAUCACCAGACUAGCAUCGUACAGCUCAGCUCAUCACCAUAUCUCACACAUAAGUUUACUCCCGAUGAUGACGACAGCCUGAUACUCUGCCAGGCUAUUGCAAGCCCGCACCUAGCAGCCCUGCAUGAGCAUUACACCCAGUUCUACUCGACUCUGCCACCUGUGUACAGGCUAAAGGUUCUAUAUCCGGUUACGUUUGACUCUGCAAAGCACACAAAAAACCCCGAGCCAGAACCACUGGCUAGGAUUCAGUGUCCCUACACUGGCUCAGAGCCGGUCAACUAUCGGUUCCACAUGAACAAUGUGGGUCCGUACGGUUGCGAUCACCCGUGUACCAGCUGCAAUUACUCCGACAGCUGCUACGAUGUAGUGAGCAUCGAGCAGCAGCAGGCAUGCCACGCGGCUCGUGAUUCAGACUGCUUUGAACACACAGACCGUGAAGACACAGUUGUCAUCAAGUUUGGCUGUUAUGGGUGCAUGACGUGCAGUGCCACCAACGUCGUGAAUGGAACGGAAACAACAGCCGAAUGGAGCUACAUGCUCUCCAAGCCAAGACAUUCUGAGAUUGCACCCUGCACACCAACAGAUGACAUCACCACCAGGUUUCUCAUCGAGCCGCCGAUCAUCACACCAUCAUCAAACGUAACGGUGGGAAUACCUCUGGUGAACAUCACGUUCCACUACACCUGUCGCAACUUCACCAAAAUCAAUCUACACCAUGGCAAUGAACGGAUCUCUGUGUCUGCCACAAACAUUGACCGUCACUAUAUGAAGUACAACAACACCAUCUCCUUCAUGAAGUGCAUAUUCAGCACGACCUUGAUCAUCUCCCGUCCGACGGUAGAUGAUGACGGAAUUUUCUACUUUGACUUUGACUCUGACAUGACAUCGCAGGACAACCACCACUAUGAGAAUGUGACACUGCAUGUCACCAAGCGAACAUGUCCUCCUGGCAUCUCACCACCGCUACCGUGUCGAACGCACGAGGAGUGCGUUAUGGACUGGGAGAACAAGCCAACGUGUAACUGUGAGGAUGGAUAUGUGGGCAAGGCGUGCCAAUAUCGUUGCCCUGAGGAUUAUUACAAGGUCAACAGUAGCAUAGUAGUGCCAGCGGACUGCGAACGGGUGACCGUUCAGUUGGUCUGCCUGAACGCCAGUAACAACCAGCUGGUGCGCUGGCAGCCCACCACGCUCCUGCAUAGCAGCUUUGGGACUGUAACCUUCAUCUACGAGCGUGUGGUGACACGACCGAUUCACUACACGUGUUUGGACAACGGCACGGGUGAUGUUCUCGGACAUGUUUCUGUUCUUACUGCAAACAAGCCAGUGUUGAUGCCUGGCCAGCAGGAUACGAUACACGUUGACAACAGCUCACAGACAUUCGUGACCAGGAUCAACGUAGACCUGACGAAAACAUUCGGACCCGGACCCCUCGUUUACAGGUGGCGUGCCAUGUCCGUUGGGGAGCUAUGUGGCUGGCCAGGGGAGGACGUCUGUGUGCUGAAGAGUGAUUCUGAAGAGCUUCACGUUGUGCAUCUGAAACAUUGCUCAGGUCAAUAUCAAGGGUGUGUUGAGAAUAACUAUGGGGAAACGUGCAUCAUGGUGCACGUAAUCGUCAAUUCAUCUACCUGCGACCUGCACCCUGUCCUGUUGGGACCAUUCUCUCAGCAGCCGGCCUAUGUAGCAAACAUCACUACUGGCGGUGAGCACGUGGAGAACGCAUUGUUCUACUUUGACUAUGUGGCCAGUGGGGACUUACAGCUGAUGUCACACAGUGUCAACUCUUCCAGUGAUGCUAUAUUGCCAGCCGUGAUCGCCGGUGGCGACAACACGACCAGCCCGGUUGAAAGCCUGCACUGCUGUCAACGAGCCAUCAUGGCGGCUGGAAGUACCUACAAGAUCUGCACGAUACCGGAACGUAAUAAAACGAAGCAGUGCUUCAAGGGUCUGGUCUCUACUCCGGCGCUAGUGCGCGAAGUCAUACCCGUGACGGUGUCCCACUUGACUGUACAGCGAAUGGUCGGUAUCGGCGUUGGAGUGUUGCUUGCUCUCCUGCUGCUCAUCAUCACCCUGGUUACCGUACGCCGCCGAAGGUGGAAUACCACCACAGCACUAACAGAGAGCGAGGGUCUCGAUUUGGUGGAUUCCGAUUCUGAUGAUGAGAUUAAAGAUUCUCCAGUGUCUCACGAGAUUGUUGUACCAAGUCGAAAGUCCAAGGCGAAAGGGCAAACGAAUGGCAUUGCGGGCAGUCAUCAUGCCAAUACCAGCCGCCAGAGAGGCAGCAGUACAGCAACACUGUAUGCGGAUGGUGCGAUACCGGUGGAGGCCAGUGAUGAUGGUGCUGCAGAAAAGUCAACUCUUGCGAGGUCAUCUCCAGGCACGCCCAGUGCAACUCUUGCAAGUGCUGGUAAAACAAAAGAAGAGCAAAGUCCGCAUGCGGCAGCGACAGCGAUGCUGAAUGUGGCCUUCUCCGGCAUAUCGGAGCAUCUAGCAAAGCCCGAAGAAGAGGAAGAGGAGAGUGCAACGACAACACUGAUGUCUGUGAAGGAAACAUCAAGAGAUCGCCCGGUGCAGAGACCCACUACACAUCGUGAUGCAACGGCAAUACGAACACGCAAUGGAACUCUGGACAAGACAAGUUAUGCUUUCCAUAAUCCACCCUCACCAGGCAUGCGCAUGACAGCCAAACCAGGGAGAGAAUGCGACAUAGAGAUGAAUGGCUUCAGCUAUGAUGAGCGGUCACUGAAACCUCCAACAUUUUCACCAUUUCUUCCAGCGGACCCAGAGAGCAACCAGAGUGUCUCCACUGUCCAGGAGGACACCGGCAAGAUGCUGGAUGAGGAGCAGGACGGUGGGGGUCAGGGUGGUGAUGGCCGCCGUGAGCUACGUAGGAUUGACGGCACCAUGCACAGCACCGUACAGCGCUCCAUGCAGCUGAUGCAGAAGACCGACCAGGACAAUAUACAGCAAGCCAGCGUGGUGGAGUAUGCCUGUAAUUUUGCGGGCAUGACCAGCGCCGAACCUGUCCUUUAUGGACAAAUGCCGGCAGAGAGCAAUGGUGAUGACGGGUACAGAGCUGAUGAGGAUGAUACACGCACCAUGGAUCAAACUGCACUAUAAGGGUGCAACACUUCGCCACUGCCAAGCAACUAUGCUCACAGCAGAGACUUCUGCAUGCGUAUGUUCUUGUUGUGAAAGUGGACCACAAAGACUGAUCUCCGCCUGUGUCCGGAAUUUCUAUGUGAUUGCACAAGCUAUCAGGCUGAACUGGUAAGGUGCUCUGCUCUGCAAAAGACAAGUGAUGAGUCAACAGGAGCCUUGAUCGCCCUGGCGGCAGAUUCGCAACUCGUCAACAAUGCAUCCGUACUAUUGAUCACCAGCCGACUCUCAUUUCCAGUGCAUACACUCUUUUUCUCUUUUUUUGCUUCCCUCUUCGCUACCUUGUUAUUUGGCAGAAAUUCCCGUUUGCAUAAUUAUGCGAAAUAGAACAAAGUAAAAAUUGUUUCGCAUACAGCGUGGAGAUAACAAUUUUAAAUACCGUAUUUUUCCGGUUGUAAGUCGACCUUUUACGACUUAAAAUAGAAGGAGAAAGGGUGGGGGUCGACUUAUAACCGGGAACUAUCAGUAUCUUACAAAAAAUGACCUGCACUGCGUGCACAAGUGCACCAUGUUUACACAUUUUUGCCAGUUUACUGGCCUUUUUCAAGGAUUGGGACGUUAUAUCCUCCAAUGAGGAAUGUUUACAUGAUUUGUUGAUGUGUUAGUAGCAGGAGGUGGCUAGUAGAGCUUCUUUGGGUGAAAGAAAACUUUAAAACGCAGAAUUGAGACCUCGAGAUAGGGGGUAGACUUAUAACCGGGGUCGACUUACAACCGGUAAAAUACGGUAAUGCUACUUCGAAGUAUGAAUAAAAUAAUCUGCACAAUCAUACUUCAAACACCCAAGGCAAGGUAGGUAGGUCUAAAGUAAUGUUCCGCAUUUGAAAGUGUUAGAAGCUGUUUACAUUCACGAACACCAGCCUGACCUAUGCAUAUUCAGAAGGAAUCAGUCUACAGUCACACUUAGGGCGCGUUUGGUUGGUACGAACUAGAACAGGAUUCACCAGAACAGCGCGUUUGGUUGGGACUGCACCUGUUCUGGGUCGGCCAGAACAUGUUCUGCUUGCUCCGGCCUCGAGGCCGGAGCAGACCAAGCAGUUUCACUUUUUCACAGUGAAACCUGGCGGGAACAUCGAUUUUGGUCCCAAAUGAUCACGUGCAUACGCUUUUGGGUUGGACUCGUUGUACCGUACAAAGUGACCAUGGUGACCAUACAC